AUGCGGUUGUGGAUUAUUUUACUGCUCAGUUUUGGGAGUGCCUGUGGGGAACUGCCAUUCAUAGCAGAGAACAAUGCAGCGAUGUUGGUCAACUGGAAUGCUGUUGAUGGGAACAAAAAGUUGUACGCCAUCUAUGAUACGAGCGUCAACGAACGGGGGAACAUGUCUUUUGUCAAAGAGACUGUGGACAAACUGCUGAAAGGAUAUGAUAUUCGUCUCCGGCCAGACUUCGGAGGUGCACCGGUGGCUGUGGGCAUGAGUAUAGACGUGGCCAGUAUAGACAUGGUGUCAGAGGUCAACAUGGACUACACACUGACCAUGUACUUCCAGCAGUACUGGAGAGAUAAGAGACUGGCCUAUGCAGGGAUCCCUCUCAACCUGACACUGGACAACAGAGUAGCAGAUCAGCUCUGGGUCCCUGAUACCUAUUUCCUCAAUGACAAGAAGUCCUUUGUGCAUGGUGUCACCGUAAAGAACCGUAUGAUUCGGCUCCACCCAGAUGGCACCGUCCUUUACGGCCUCAGAAUCACGACGACAGCAGCCUGCAUGAUGGAUCUGAGGAGAUACCCGCUGGAUGAACAGAACUGCACCCUGGAAAUUGAGAGUUAUGGUUACACAACAGAUGAUAUAGAGUUCUACUGGAAAGGAGGAGACACUGCAGUAACGGGGGUGACGCGCAUCGAGCUGCCUCAGUUCUCCAUAGUCGACUACAAACUGGUGUCGAGGAAUGUGGUCUUUUCCACAGGUGCCUACCCUCGACUGUCUCUGAGCUUCAAGCUGAAGCGAAACAUCGGAUACUUCAUCCUACAGACGUACAUGCCCUCCAUCCUGAUCACCAUCCUGUCUUGGGUCUCUUUCUGGAUAAAUUAUGAUGCCUCGGCCGCCAGAGUUGCAUUAGGGAUCACCACUGUCCUGACCAUGACAACCAUCAACACCCAUUUAAGAGAGACUCUGCCCAAGAUCCCAUAUGUCAAAGCCAUCGACAUGUACCUGAUGGGCUGCUUCGUGUUCGUCUUCCUGGCUCUGCUGGAAUAUGCCUUUGUCAACUACAUCUUCUUUGGGAGAGGUCCUCAGAUGCAGAAGAAGUUGGCAGAGAAGGCACAGAAGGCCACCAAUGAACGCAACAAAUUAGACCGGCCCAAGGUCGACUCCCAGGGGAACAUUUUGCUGACAACCUUGGAGAUCCACAACGAGAUGGGAGGGAAUGAGGUCACAACCACCGUGAGCGAGACUCACAACUCUUCCUCCAUGGUGUUUGACAACACGGGGGUCCAGUACAGGAAGCCGAGUGGGCCACGGGAGCCGGGCCGCCUCAGUCUAGACAGAAGCGCACAUCUAAAGAAGACCCGUCUGCGGAGACGAUCCUCGCAGCUCAAAAUCAAAAUCCCAGACCUCACCGAUGUGAACGCCAUCGACAGAUGGUCUCGGAUAAUAUUCCCCUUCACCUUCUCCCUCUUCAACCUAAUCUACUGGCUUUAUUAUGUCAAUUAAUGCACAGACGUUUUUUAAACCCAGCUCGGCCUCAUUCUUGUUUUCGAAUGAGAGAAAACAUUAUGGUGUGACCCUAAUGAACUUUUUUUUUACACAGCAAGGCAGACUUUGAUCAGAGAACUGUCACGCAGGCAGUGUGCGCAUACAACAUCACCACAAGGAUUUAUCUACAGAAUGUGUAUGUAUGUGAAUGACACUGCUCUGUCCUUUCUCAUGUGGAGACCUGGGACAUUGUACAGUAUCUCAUGGGUUGAAGCACAGACUCUUAUUUGUUUUAGGUCAGUUAUGAAAACUGUACCCAUAAUUUUCAGUUUAAAAUGUGGUCACUUUGUUACAACAUAUUGCGACUGACAAGACAACUGACGAUGAUUCAUUGCAUUAUUACAUUACAUGUUUGUUAUAAUGGUAUACACACACAGGCCAAACUCUGAGUUUAUGAUCUAGACACUAUUUGCACCAAAACCAGACUUGAAGGAAUGGUUGUAAAUUUUGGUAAUAUGCUUUUGUUUUCUAAGAAUAAGUGUAGCAAGAUAAAUAUCAUUCUUAUGAUUUGAUAUCAUGUUAUCCAGAGUAGGGGCUAACCGAAAAGCACUUCCCCCCCAAAUGAUUUCCCCCCCAACUAUUCCUUUAAAUUGCCUUGCAGUUGAUACCACCAACUGUUGCAGUUUUUAAAGGUCCACACAGGAACUGCGUUAUAACCUAAAACCACAGGGGGCCUUGUGGAAAUCCAUACCAGCAUUUUAUAAAAGCCAUUAUUCUGUCAUUCACUGCCUCUUUUUAAAAUAAAAUGUUAACAUACUGUUGGAAAUGGGCUCAGUCUUGCUGGAGUUUGAUGAACAGAUUGACACCACUCUCAUGUUUGUCUGUUGAGUAUAAAGAUAGAUAUAAGCAUAGCUUAGCUUAGUUUAGCUUAAAGACUGGAAACAAUGGGAAACAAUGGGAAACAGCGAGCCUGUAAUCCAACCAGAUUGGGUCUUUACAGCCGGUUACAUGCUGUAGCAAUUUCUUUGGCUGGAAAAAACUGGUCAUUUUAAUUUGUUUGUAUGUUUAGAUUAGACUGAAGAAUUGUUAUAUUAAGUGUUAAUAAGUGAGCUCUAGUACUUCUGGUAAGUGGAUUCCAACAUUGGAUCAUUUUGUUUCUAGCUUUUAUGCUAAGCUACGCUAAGAGGUGCUAAUCUUGGCUAACUGGUUUUCAUGCUAAGCUAGCACGUGAUGUGGUAUCAAUUUUCUCAUCUAACAUGCAGCGGGAAAGUGAAUGAAAAUAUUUCCCAAAAUAUCAAACUAUUUCUUCAACAAUUGCAAUUACCCAUUUAAUAUUACUUAUUUGAGAUGAAAAUUCAAAUACAAACUAACAAAUGAAAAAUGUCUAACAUGACAGCAGAAGAAGGUGCCCAUGCUCGUGUAGUAAACGUUUACAUUAUCUUGUCAGUUUACAAUAUUUAUUUUAAUUAUUGUUUGUCAUUGUGCUUUAGGACUGCCAUCAUAUUUAUCAUAAUAAGUUAUUCAAUACACCAUGUCUCACAUGACGACCUUCUUCUUUCUGUCAGACUGCUUGUUGUAUUUGGGAAUGAGUGCAGAUCACUGUUGCAGAUCUCAUGUCAGGUUUUCUCCUCACGCUCACAUUUCUUGACCCUCCCUGGAGUUUAAUGUACAUACUGUAACUGCACAUUUUCGU